AAUAUAAUCAGCUUAUAAAAAAUAUACAAUUAUUUUUUAUUAUCAAAAAAUUAAAUUUAUUUACAUAAUUGCAUCUAUCUAAUUUUUUAGAUAGUUUAAAAAAAUUUAGUCUUAAUAUAAAACCAUUUAAUUUUCAUUAUCCACCUAUUGACAAGGUAGUGUCUAAUUGUUUCUGUAUUUUUACCAAUAAUGAACAUGAUCCAGUACCAGAUUUACAAGGUUGGCCUAACAUUAAUCGACUAGAAGGAGAUACUAAGUUAUCUCGUUUUCCUUGUAAAGUUGCAUUCUUCAGAAAAUUGAGGGAACUUUCAAAGCUCAUUUGUUGCAAUGGAGAUGCUGAAUCUUCCAUUCCUUUACGACUGAGAGGUUGAAAUCUACCAUCGAAAGUCAUAUAAUCCGCAAUUAAAGACAGAUGUCUAGAAUCAACUGUAAUUCCAUACAUCUUGAAUACAUCUCUCACUUCUCUUAUAAUAACUCUGUUAGCAGCUUCAAUACCAUAUGUUUGAGAAAUAGCAUAAAUAUCAUUAGAAUACAACUUGUUCAAAUGUAAAGAAUUAUCAUAUUUGAACAUUUCUACUAUAUUGAUACCAUCAGUUUUAAGAAUUGUUUCUCCAUCAUUAUUUUGAAAUAUAAAAGCACGUUUUACACAAGGCACCUCCCAUAAAACAAUUUUAUUUGCAACAUUUCUAAUUAUUGUUGAUAAAUCCAAUUUUAACAACUUAAGAGCUACCCAAAAUUUUAAUUUACACCAUGUGAAUUUAUUCUCGUCAUAAUCGUAUUCUAUUGCAUUACUAUACAUAUUUCGAAUAUGCUUCUUUCUUUCUUUAUUAUAAAUUUCAUCUAUAACAUACUCAUUUUCUGUAUCAUCUUCAUUUUGUUGUUCGUUAGUUUCUAAUUUUUCAUUUUCAUAUUCAUCAUCUUUUUCAUUUAUAUCUUCUAUUUCUUCUUCGUCUUCCGGAUCUUCAUAUUCUUGGUUUUCUCUGUGACGUGAAAUUGUUCGUAGUAAAGUUGCAUCUGCAUCUUCUGCUGCUAUUUCUUCAUCUGAAGACUCGUGCAUUUCUCCUAAAUUUGAACGUGCUUUCAAGGAUUCUGAUUCAUCAACUUCUCCUUGAUCUAAUAAAGCAUCAUCUUCAUACAUAGAUUUCUUUUCCUCUUCUAUAUGUAAUAAAGCACCUGUUAUUUUAGAAAUUUUUUUAAUUUCUCUAAAUAUUUCUUUAAAGAACACUUCUUCAGUUUUUUUCAAUAUCUCAUGUGGCUGAAUGCAAAAUUCAGAUUUAUAAGAUUUAUGUGGAAGAUAAUUAAUAGUCAUAGUAUACACUAACUGUCUAUGUGGCCACUGUUCCAUUCUCCUAUGUAUAGUAAUAUUAUCUAAAACAUUGGAUAAAAUGCAUUUUGUUAAUUUCAAUUUUAAUUUAUUUGCGCGUUUUGUUAUGUUUUUCAAGUCUUUUCGAAAUGGUAUUUCCAUGCUAGGCGUUUUAAUAUUUUUCGAUGCCAUCAUAAGUAUUUCACGUAAUCUGGGUAUACCCAAAGUAACAUUCAUUUCUCCACGACCAGCAAAAUGAAAAGUAUUUAAAGUCAUUUGAGUUGAUGGCUCUCCUAUUGAUUGUGCUGCUAAUAAACCUACUGGUUCUCCAGGGGGACAAAUUAUUUUCAUUACUUUCAUAGACAGAAGAUCUCUUAAAUCUUUUUUCUUUAUAAUGGAAUUGCUGGCUAUAUAUUCAUCUAUUAAAUUUUCUAAUCGUUCAGAAAGUACACCAAAAUCUAUAUCUUGCCUAUAUUUCGACAUUACUGGAUCAGGACAUUUUGCACAUUCAGUAUAAAUCCAUUUUUUAUCUUCUUCACUAGUCUUUAUCCACUUUCUCAUCAUUGAAAGAGCAGCUUUGCUUCUCCCAGAGUUUUUAUUGAUUUCCAUGUACUUCGAUUGUUUAAUAUUCAUAUUUUCUCUUGAAAAUCUUGUAAAUGGAUUAAUUCUCUUUUUUUGUAAUGCACUUCCGUUUUUAUUUUCCCAUUUUUUAAUUUUUUUUACUAAUUUUAAAAUUGUACUCGUAUCCGAGUUUUCUUUUAAAUAUUUUAUUAUUUCUUCAUUAAGAAUUACAUUUUUAUUAUUUAUUAAGAAACUCAAUUGCUCUUUUUUUAAAAAGCGUGAACCUGGUACAUCGAGCCCAUCUUCUCCAUAAUAAAUUUGUACCAAACUACCAUCUGAAUCUCGUACUGUUGAAUCGUAAUUAAUAAUUAAUCCUUCAAGAUGUUUAAUGAGACAUCUUUGUAAAUAGCCUGAUCUACUAGUUUUUACAGCAGUGUCAAUGAGACCUUCACGACCAGCCAUACAGUGAAAAAAGAAUUCCUGAGGUUUGAUUCCCGUCAUAAAUCUACCAUCAAUAAAUCCACCAGCUCUUGGCGAAGAGUCAUAUGCAGGGAAACUUGGAAGACUUUUGCCACUGAUCAUUAAAGGUGGUCUUUUCCCUUCUAAUUCGAUUUGUCCAAGUAAACAAGAUAUUUGCAUAGUAUUUACAGUGGAACCUUUCGCACCAGAUUGAACCAUUAAUUGCAAAUUAUUAUUUGGAAAUUUUUUCAAAAGACCAGCUGGCAGACAUGUUUGAUUUAUAUCAUUAGUAUAGACAUCUAAUGCACUUUUAUAUUUUCGAUCAACUUGAACACGAAAUUUAGGAUCACUCCAAUAAAAUUCUUCAAUUUUAGAUGUAACAGUGUCCAUAGUUGUAUCAUCGGGUAAUCCCAGCACUGAUCUUUGUACAUUUUCUCCAAUUUCUCUACAUUUAGAAAUGAUUUCUUUACGUUUCUUAUCUGCUUUCUUCAACAAUAGAAUAUCUUCAAUACCAAGUGUAAAUCCGUUUCUCUGCAAAGCAGCUUGAAAUAAUUUACCAAAGGCACUUAAUAAUUUUGAAGAGCAUGUUCCUCCAUACAAUUCAAAAAUACAAUGUAUAAGACCAAAUGGAGUCGCACCAUAAUGUGUUUUAUCAAGUACACCACACAACAAUUCUCCAUUUCGUAUUAUUACUUCAGCUUCUGACAUUGUUUUAGGAUCUGAAAAUUCAGUGCCACAUUUCCAAUGCCGUGCUUUUUCAACUUGCCAUUCCUUUACAUUGAUCUUGGCAUUUGCCGUUAAAUUAAUACGUGGUUGAUUUGGUGGAAUAACGUUAAUGAUAACAGUCGAUAUAAUUUGUUUACCAGACCACAAAGGUUUGGGUUUUAUUAUACUGGGAGGAAGAACAAUUAUAUUAUCUUGUAUUGUAGAUAAAGCAGCAUAGACUAAUUGCAUAUAAUCUUCACGUGAAAAGAAUGUUCCUCUCAUUGUUAAACGAACACCAGAAACUACAUGAUCUUGAAUGAGACCACUUAAUGGGGUACCAUCUUUUGGUACAAGGUAUUGAUUAGACACAUUGGCUAUAUUGUACCCUUCGCUUCUGGCUAGUUCAUUUUGGGGAUAGUGAGCAUUCAUUUCAUCACCAUCAAAAUCUGAAUUAUAAGCUUUACAAUUAGCAUAAUGCAAACGUAAUGUUUUUUCUCCUUUUAAGAUUCGUGCUUUAUGAGCCAUUAUACUGGGCUUGUGCAAAGUUGGUUGACGAUUUAAUAAUAGAAUGUCUCCAUUUUGUAAAUGUCUAUGUAUAAUUUUAAUUCCUUUGAAAAAUUUAUUCGCUUUGUCACUUGUUGUUAAAAGACGUUUUGCAAUAGCUUCUCUUCGAACAAUAUCUUUACUAGAAAUGCGUUGUAUACUUCCAUCUUCGUGUUCAACCAUUACUGCACCAGGAUGUAUAUCAGGACCGUUUAAAACUAGUUGUCUUAACUGUACAACAUUCCAAGGUGUAACUGGUGUUGGAUAUGUUAAUUUCAUUGCAAAUGCUUCAGGAAUACCAAUUUCAUCUAUGUUUAAAUUAGGAUCUGGUGUAAUGACGGAACGAGCAGCGUAAUUAACUCUUUUACCCAUCAUAUGCAUUCUAAUAAUUCCUUCUUUCUUCUCCAUAACUUGUUUUAAUCCCAAGCAAUUUGCAGAAUCUGUAGUUCUGUUCAUAUCACGAUCCAUUAAAUGAUCCACAUUUACUUGUAAAUUUUGCCAAGCAUUGUGUAAUUUUUCAAUUGCUGUAUUGCCUUUUAUUUGUUCAAAAACAAGUCUACCCUCCUCUGAUAAUUGAUCUGUAUCACCAUCUUGAAUUGUUUGAAUGAUAUUUCUAAGUACAAGACAAUCUUGAAUAAUACUCUUGUAAACUUGAGAUUGAGGAUGUUCUAUCAUUUGUCCAUUAACAAAAUUAACUGGUCUAACUAUAGGUGGUAGAACUGGUAUUACUUCAAAAAAAAAUAUAUCAGUUGGGUAUUCAAUAUCUACCAUUCCAAAGCAAGGUGUAAGUACUUUUAAAAAAUCUUUCUCAUUUUGCCAAAGUUUUCUGAGGUAUUCUUUAGAUUGAUCUGGCAUUAUCAAUACUGUGUCCAUUUUAUGUAUUGUUUUACGUGAUCGUGCUGUUGUAGGGAUAUCAGAUGACUGUGAUAUUUUAGAUGUCAUAAUUUUAUUUUUUACUAUUGUAAUUUUAGAAAUAGGUUCUAAACAAUUAACGCAAAUUUUUGUCGUUGCAUAUUGCUUAAUAACGUUUUCAACAUGCGUAUGCCAUUGCAUAUUAAUAUUUUUAGUAUUUAAUUGAAUUUCAUCAUAUUGUAUAAUAGAUUGAUUAAGUCUUGGUUUAUUCAAAAGGUUUUCAAUAUAAUUAUCAAUGACAUUUUGAACAGAUUGUAUAUCAACUUCAUAAGGACUGGUAUGAUUUAAAACAACAACCAUUAUUUCUUGUUCUAGACCAUCAAGAUCACUCAGAUAUCCUUGCUGAAGUAAUUUCAAUUUUGCAGAAAGUAACAAUUUCACAUAAGGUGGAAUUUGUAAAGUGAAACAGUUUAAACAUGCUAAUUUAAUCAACAUACAUAAUCCUUUAUGGAAUAAUGGAUUUACAACUGACAUAGGCAACUCUAUAUGCCCAAAAUGACCUGGACACUUGAAUACAUUGCAUCCACAUGUUCCACAUGGAUCUGAACUUUCCAACAGAGGACCUAAUGCUGGAUCGUAUAAACCUCCUUUCAAUGGAUGUCCCAAAAUAUUAAAUGAUAAAGGUGUUCUUAUUUUAGUAACACUUAAAUUUCUUAUGUCAUUUGCAGUAAACAUAGAAAACAUUAAACAUUUUGGAUCUAGAUGUUUUGGAGUUAGACGUGAAGAGUUGUACUUCUGUUGUACCAUUUUGACUAAUGUUUACUCUUACUUCUUCUUAUUUUUUGAGAAAAAUGAUUUAAGUAAAUCUACUAUGAAUUACUUAUUCUUUAUCAAUACUAAACAUUAACUACAUUUAUUAAAGCAUCUACAUGAUAAUAAAUCACAUAGGUUAUAAAAUUUUUAAUCACAUGGUCGACCACUGUAUUAACACGUGCUGUAGACGUGAGUUUAGUCGAUAAACUAAAAAUCGAUAGUUACAUGAUAUAUCAAUAUAUUUAUCAUUGCAGGAUAUGAUUUCGUCCAGAACGACAAGUAACAACUGAAGGCUUGAAAUGUAGUUUAUUAAUAGUUACGUAUAAGAGUUGGGAAAAUUCGUAACUGCUAUAAUAAUGUUACAAACAUUAGAGAUUUGCCUCGUAUAGUACGUAAAUUUUUCAAGAACUUGGGGGAAUUUAAACCUCCCGAUUUCUUGUUACUAGACAGGUUUAACCAACUAAGUGACGCCAUUCGUAUAGUGCAUACACAAUAACCAUAGUGUAUAAUAAAGUAUUUACUAAUAUGUAUUUUUAUGUUGCGUCGAUACUGCUUGAUACUCGUUCAAUAAUGUAAGUUUACAAAAUUAUAUCUGAUGAAUGUACAAAGUGAAUUUUAAAGAAAAUAUAUAUCUUGAAUACAUUGCAAAAAUGUUAACUCCGCGUUUUGAAAUAACACAAACUGAUACAGAAGUUGCAAUAAUUAUUCAUGCACCAUAUGCCAAUAUCAAAGACACAGAGGUUUAUGUUGAUGGAACAGAUUUUAGAUUUUAUUCCACACCAUAUUACUUGAGAUUGAAACUACCAGGUGAAAUUGAAGAAAAUGACUCAUCAUUUGGCUCAUAUGAUUGCGAAAAGGGAGAUUUCUCUUUAAGAUUUUCAAAAGUAGAAAAAGGAAAAUAUUUUGAAAAUUUAGAUAUGAUAAGUACAUUGUUAACUCCACCGAAAAAGAAGAAUACAAUUAUACCUAAUAUUGAAGUAAUUGGAAAUCCAUCAGCAAAUUCUGAAGAUAAUAAUGAUAUAUCAAAUAAGCAAGAGUUUAUACCAAAUGAUGAAAACACUAAUGGAGAUGAGUGGUAUAUACAUCAAAACAAUAGUACAGAAAAUGUACCACUUUUAUCUACUUCUCCUAAAUAUGGUUUUGCGAGUAAAAUAUCUGGAGCCUUAGCUGCUUUUGAGUCAACAUGGGUUAAAGAAAUAAUAGAUCUUCCGAUGCCAGAUACUGUAUCUCAGUCUGAGAGAAGGAUGUUACGAGAGAAACAUGAAAUUUCAGAUUUUAACGAGGAACAUUAUUUGGCAGAUCUUAUGCAACCAGAAUGCAUAGAACCAUAUAUCUCAUUUAUUGCAGAAUGGGAUACUUUGGAAAAAGAAAAUAUUUCCUUCAAUGAAACUGAAGUAGAUUUAUUAAAAGAACUUCCAAACAAAGAAUAUUUAUUAAACAAUGAAGAAACACACAAGCUGCUUUUAAGUUUAGUGGAUAUUUUAUUUGGUUGUUGUUACAAUCACAGAACUACAUUAGGAGAAAAUACUGUUGAAAGUAGUUGGACUAUUAAUAAAUUAAGUUCCACUUUAUGUUGGUUUGAUGAGUUUUCUAAUUCGGAAGAAGUUAUAAAAGCAUGUUUUAGAAGAUCAAUAUGUUAUCCACUGUUUAGGAAUUGGGAUCUAUCUAAAAAAGUUUUUGAGGAUGUAAAAAAGAUAAUUAAGUUAGGUAAAAAAUGUAUCAUAAAACGUUUCUGUGAAGUACAUAGUUUGUUUAACAACUCAUAUGAACCACGAUAUAUAUUAAAUCAGUUGUACAUAAAAGACUAUCUAAUUUGGUUACAACAAAUUAAUGAAUCUUUAAUAGAAUCAUUGGAAUCUCUUAUUUGUAACGUUGAACCUUCUAAAAAUGAUAUGCAACUUGAAUUAGCAGAAUUAGAACAAGCAGCUUAUUCUGUACAAGAAGAAGAUCUUAUUAUAGAAAAUUCUGUUCAUGAAAUAGUGGACCAAAUGGAUGAACUAACAGUUAAUGACAAUGAUAAAGAUGAAUUAUCGAGUAGUUCAAGUUCAAGCGACAGCAGCGAUACUGAUUCUGAAACUGAUUCAGAAAGCAGCACUUCAAGUACCACUACAACAAGUAAUAGCAAUAGUUUAGAUUCAGAUGAUGCGAGUGAACCAGAAGAAAUUACAAAUAAGUAUACCUAAAAAUUUAUAUUGAACAAAAUUUUUAUAAAAAUAACAUUUUUGAAAGUCUUUUUCCUUAUAAUAUGUAAGUGAAACUUUACGAUUUUACCUUAUGUGUUCAUAAAAAUAUUUAUACUUAUAUAUACACUAUACGUGAAAUAGUGUAUAGAAUAUAAAAAAAUACACAAAUAAGAUUCGUUAUUGUGUCCACUUUACAAUCAUAUGUAAUUGUAUGAUUAUAUAUGUAUGAUAAACAUGCAACAUGUGUAUUAUUUUUAUGAUAAUAUUCGUGUUUAUCAUAAAUAUUGUGAUUCUUUUGUUAAACAAUGUAAUAGAUCCAUGUCAAUAAUUUACUAUAAUGUUCGAUCAAUCUUUGUUGCGUAAAAUCAUCCAAAUUAUUAUUAUUUUUAAUAUUCAUAUCUGAAUCAAUUGCAUCGAUAUCGCUUGGUCUUUCAUUAUUGAAAAUAUUGUUAAUAAUACUUCCCGUAUCCUCUGCCUAAACGUAAUCAUAAUCUGUAAGUUCUGCAUUUUCGUUUUUAUUAUUCAAUUCAUUUCCGUCGAUAGUUUGCCAAUAGUCUGCAACCUCUCCAUAUACUCCUGGACUUUCGUUUACAUUAUGCACGUAUUCAGCCAACGUUCUAUCGUUUAAUAUCUCAGAAUCUGAUUUUUUUAAUGCUGUAGGCUCUUGAUCAGAAGUUGUACUCUUACUAUUAAAAUGAUCAUGGUAAUUAAGACUUCCUGUGUUUAGAACUAAGUGCGUAUAUUUUGUCAACGUUCCAUUUUCUUCGUGUAAAUGUGGCGCGUAUAAUAUAAUACGUAAAGGUAUACUUUCAUCGUUUGAACUUUGUAGCUCCUCAGCUUUAGCACUCUCAUUUACAGCUUCAUGUUCUUCCAUUCUCAUGUUUUCUAAACUAAUGUUCGAUUCAUUCUGAAAGUUUUUGUUAUGCUUUCUUAAGUCAGUAUUCGUAAAUGAAACGUCAUUAUUACCAUUUACAUGUUUAUUAGAAAAAAUGCAAUCUUGUCUUUCACUGUACACUUCGGUUGUUGUGAGAUUCGAUAUUAUAGUUGGUAUCGGAGUUUGUUCUUGUUCCAAUGGUACUUCAGGAGUUACUUCAAUAUUCUUAUCGGUAAAAAAAAUGUCUCGUACAUUGUCAUUGUUUUUCAUGUUUUCUGUAGUUCGUAUCGUUGAUACUUCAGUUGUAAUAUCAUGAGCCGUACUUUCAUGCACGUCUGCGUUAAAAGAAGCGAUAGUACUCGUAUUAUUAUCAUCCUCAACCUGUUUUAAUUCUUCCGAAGAUACUUUUAUAGUUUCUAAAUACUCGGAAAAUACUCUGUCUGUCUGCUUAUCAAGAUUUUCAUCUACUUUUGUUUCAUCUGAAUUGAUAGUUUUUAGGAGGUAUUCUUCAUAAUCCAUCGAAUCGCGUACCGUUGAUGAUUGUCCAUAGCAAGGACCACAGGGAUCUUCCUUAUAUGUGGAGAGAAUGGCCGCUUUAACAUAAGGGAAAUGUAGUAUACUCCAGGGUACUAUGAUUUGAUAAGUUACUUUACCGCAGCUAUCGAUAAUGACUACUUCGUCUUUUGAUGCAUGAAAACUUUUCCAGAUACCCAACUCGGAAGUAUCUUCAAGAAGAAUGAUGCCCUUCUUCUUUUUUUUCAUGUCACCGAACAACGUUUCUACCGAGUCCAAGGAAUACUCGAACUCCUGUGUAUUUUUAGAUAUUUCCCUCCACGCUUUUAUCUCUAUAUUGUUCUCUGUGCUGUCUUCCAGCAAAUCUGACGGCGGCGUUACCAUGAAGAAGAAGAUAUUUGAAAAGCCGGACUUCUCUAAUCGGUUCUUCAACGAUGCCAACCUUGAUUGCUUGCCGGUAACUAUAAUACCAAGAAGGAUCCAAAAACGCGAACACAUUUACUUGUCCCAACUGUUCCUUCCGGAGAUUCGUGGCACGACAUUGCUCGAUAUAUCCUCCAUUCUCUCGUAGUUCUUUCGUUUGGCGGAAGUGACGAGGGACAUUCAAUAAUCGGAGGACUCCAUCCUUUUCGUAAGCUCCGUAACUUCCAACUGUUAUCAUAAUAAUCGUGAUCACAAUCGAAAUCGACAUAAUUCGUUCACUUUCUGCCACAGAACCAAGUUUAAAAAUCUUUGGCGAAGAUCGUUCCAUCGACUGCUAGAAACAGAACGAGACGCAUGCAUAUAAAAGCGAAAUGUCGACAACUACUUCGUAAUACUUGCACAUCCGUGUAAACGAUAUAGAAUUAAUAAUCAACGCAAGUGAUUUCGCGUAUUCGUUAUCUGAAGCCCGAUAAAAUAAUGGAGAAUGGUGACAACGAAACGACGAGAGUACCGAAUACAUUGAAUCAUCGUACGAUCGUUGCCGGUCGAUGUGUGCGCGUGGACUCUCACGAUAUAUCUCGGCCAGAAAAAUCAAUUUACGUCGCAUUGAUGCGAUAUGUAUGCGGGUCACACGGAAACUGUAAACCUUUUUCUGACCUCACAUGCUGUUGUCGCGGUCCACCGUUCAACAUUUCUCCUACACGUUAAGACCGAGCUCUGUAACUUUAGAAAACUUCGCACAGUAUAUAUUCAUAGCGUACUUUAUCUAUUGCGAGAAUAAGUUGUUCAUCUCUCUCGAGCUUUCGAACACCUUUUCGAAUCGUUUUUUUGAAUUACGAAAUUCAGUAGGCUUGCGAUUUCGGUUUUAUGGGUAAGUUACACAACAAGUGAUGUAACAUGUAACAAAUAACAUGAUGCGGUCGAUUGACUAUUAUUUCGUUAAUAAGUCGAACAUCCGUCAAGAUCAGUCGAUGAAAUGUGAACACGUGUGCAUGGUACAAGUUGAACAGAGAGUCCCUUGUUCUCAACUUUUCAAAGCGUGGUUUUGUACGAUUUAGAUGCUCGUUCACUAUCAGUAGCAGUUCAGCUUAAAGUAUCGACGGUCAAUCUUCCGAUCUUUCAUCAAUAUUAAUUGAAAUUUUGAAAAAUUGUUGUUUUGAAUUAUCGAGACACUCUCGUCGUUCAAAAUUUUGUAGCUAUACCACUGGUGGUAGUUCGUAAAUUAAAAAAAGAAAUUAGAACCUAGAUAUUUCGUAUGAUAUGUGUAAGCGUCGAAGGAAAGGAUUCUGUAAAAACAUCACGAGUAAGAAUUGGAUUUUUUGAAAUUGAAAAGAUUCGUUUUCGCCCGCGAUUAUGUCCUGAAAAUUUAAUGUUAGAAAUUUUAUGCGAAUGUUAUUUGUUAACAUGAUCAAUUCAGUCGUGAGAAUAUGCACGUUAAUUUGGUUGUCAUUGUGCUUGUUAACUACGAUUGUAUUUUUCAACGAGAUUAGUCGAUUGAACAUAGAGUUGCAGAAUUUUGGACUAUUUGAAAGAACCGAGUACAAUUUUAAACAUAAGAGAAGCACAGAUCGGCAGGAAUUAAACGCCAGCUUGGACAACGUUGAGAAAACAUUCAGGAAGAAAGCCGACGCUUUGUCAUACCUUUUAAAAGUUGACAUCGAUCGUUUGAGAAACGAAACCGAUCAGGUGGAAUUGAUAUUUCUGGUCGAUGCUUCAGGAUCAGUUGGUUUGAAAAAUUUUCAAAGCGAAUUAAAUUUCAUAAAACACCUUUUAGCCGACUUCUCUGUGGAGCCUUCUGCAACUAGAAUCGCGAUCGUAACGUUCGGUGGAAGAAGACACAUUAAACGAAAUGUAGAUCAGAUAUCUCAUACCAGUGACAAUGAUAACAAGUGUUAUUUGUUGAAUAAACAGUUAAAUAAUAUUAAUUACACUGGCGGUGGAACAUAUACGCGAGGCGCGCUUUUGGAAGCUCUUAGAAUACUUGAGAAAGGCAGAGCGAACGCAAGCAAGGCUGUGUUUCUUAUAACCGACGGAUUUAGCAACGGCGGUGAUCCACGACCUGCGGCGAAUCUUCUGAAAAUUGCAGGCGCAACGAUAUUCACUUUCGGAAUAAGAACAGGAAACGUUGACGAGCUGCGCGACAUAGCUAGUUUUCCAGGAGACACGCACAGCUAUUUCCUCGAUAGUUUCGUGGAAUUCGAGGCUUUAGUACGACGAGCUCUGCAUCGUGAUUUGAAAGCGGGGAAAUACGUACCAGUGACGUAUCCAGAUAAUUGUAAUCUCUUAUGUAGGAAUGUCAGCGAAGUCAAAAACGAGCAAAAUUGCUGCGAUAAUUUCGCGACGUGCGCCUGUGGCACUGUGACCGGACACUACACUUGCAUUUGUCCCGCGGGAUAUUUUGGCUCUGGUCUUCGGCGUUCUUGUCACCCAUGUCCAAAUGGAACGUACGCAUCUGGAGAAAUCUCCGGUGAUCUCACGACAAUGUGCACCUCGUGCCCUGACGUGAAUCAUGUGACUAUGAAAGUACCUGCAACUUCUGUAGAGCAUUGCGUUUGCGCUUCCGGUUUCACGACGGACGGAAAUAAAUGCGAGGUUAUAACAUGCCCGAGACUAAGAGUGCCAGAAAACGGAUACUUGGUAAAAGCAAGCGCAUGUAGCAAUGUUGUUCACGCAGCCUGUGGUGUAAGGUGCAGAAUUGGUUUCUACCUCACAGGUGACAGUAUUCGACUUUGCGGAAAAGACGGUAAUUGGUCCGGAAACGAACCGAAAUGUUUGCUGAAAACUUGUCCGGCACUUCGAACUCCUACGCAUGGGCGAAUGCGCUGUCAAAACGAGGAGGAUCAACAUUUGAAUACAGAGAAUACGACAACGUAUCCGAUCGAUUCCCGUUGUCAAUUCAGAUGCGAAACCGGUUAUCAAUUACGCGGAAGUAAAAUACGCAACUGUUUGCCUUUGUCACAAUGGGAUGGUCUCAAAGCUACAUGUAAAGCAAUAAAAUGUGAACCUCUGAAGCAAGUUGCGAAUGGAGAAAUUUCGCCUGAAAAUUGUUCGGGCCCGGAGAAACUACCAUUUGGAACGAAUUGUACCAUAUCGUGCAAAAGGGGUUUCACACUUGAGGGACCACGUUCCAGAUAUUGUAGUGGCCGUUCUGGAGUCUGGUCGCAACGUAAAACUGUUAAUCGAUGCGUAGAUAAAACACCACCUUCGAUAACCUGCCCAUCUAAUAUUAUCACCGAGAGCCUUCCAGGGAAGAAGUAUGCUUUUGUAAAUUGGACAAUACCAAACGUAACUGACAAUGUGGAUGAAUCACCUGUAUUAUGGAGUAAGCCAUACAUUAGUUUUCCUUGGAAAGUAAAAAUUGGUACACGUACAAUAAUCUAUGUGGCACAAGACUCAUCUGGAAAUAGAGCCAGAUGCAAAUUUAAAGUUAAAGUUUUAGAUAAAGAACCACCAAUGAUCGAGAAUUGCGUAGAUCCUCCGAUAUUUUUCACCGAUAAUAGAGUUGGAAUAAAUAACGUGACUUGGAACGAGCCUGGUUUUCACGACAAUUCCAAGACACCUGUACAAGUCGAACAAAAUUAUCUUCCAGGGGAGAACAUGUUUCCUAUUGGAUUAACGCAAGUGGUAUAUAAUGCCAUCGAUAAGUACGAUAAUAAAGCGUUUUGCGUGUUAAAUGUUACUAUAAAAGACGCUUGUGAAGAAAUUCCAAAAAUAUUGAACGGUUACUCAAAGUGUCAUCCAUCAUCAAUGAACGACACAAACGAGUGCACUAUAACUUGUGAAGAAGGAUAUGGAUUUGCAACUGAGGAAUCGAAUGCUGGAAUCGUGGAAAAUAUAUUAUUAUUAAAAUGUAACGAAAAUACAUCGAAUUGGCUUCAAGAAAACUACAUUCCCGAUUGUACAGCUGAGCAAAUAUAUUACUGCCGAUUUAAUAUCGACGUUGCUCGAUAUUUGUGGAAACGAUAUCGAAUGUAAUGUCAUUACUUUCGAUCCUGAAUGCGAAGAAAUUCUUCCAUCUUCGAAUACAAUGUAUUCUAGUAUGAUAAAAAAACGAAGGGAACUUAACUAUGAUAUUUCUGAAUUAUUAAGAAGUGAUACAAUGACAAUGAAGGGUAUUGGUACAAAAUCAAAACGAGAUAUGAAAAUGAACGAUAACAGAAAUAAAAUGAAAAUAAAGAAGAAGAAAGAAAAAAUUGAACUGAAAUUCAAUUUUUUAGGGAAGAUAAUUGAGGAGCAUCACGAAAAUCCGCGAAAAGGAAUCCAGAAAUUGCGACAGAAGCUCGAAUCUUUGUCUCGAUCUGGGAAAUUAAAUUUAUUAAACAAUAGAACAAAUCAAGAAAUAGCGAAGCUUGCGCUAAAUUUGCAUCUCAUUUUUAAGAAUUUUGAAGAACUUUGCGAUCCAGGAAGUAUCUUGAAGAAGAACACUUGCGUAAAAUGUCCAUUGGGAACUUUCUUUAAUUCCACGACUAAACAAUGCCAAUCGUGUUCUCUUGGAGAAUAUCAAAGCGUGACUGGAUCUUUGAAAUGCAAACGUUGUCCUGAAUACACUUCGACGAAGAAAAUUCAUUCAAAAUCUCCGCAAGAUUGUAUACACUUGUGCAGACCAGGACACUAUUCGCGAAAAAAGCGUUACCAAAACACGCGAUUAGCACUUGAACCUUGCCUAAUCUGUGACACUGGAUUUUAUCAACCAGAAUAUGGUCAAACUCAUUGCCUUUCGUGUCCACCUGACACUACUACUAGAAAUCAUGGAUCUAAAACCAUAAAUGACUGUCUACCUCUUUAUAAAAUCGAGAUUAAUAUCUGUGAUAAAAAAUCUUGUUUAAGUGGUGGACAAUGUGUACAAGAAGAGGACAGUUUCAGUUGCGAAUGUCCUGACUAUUAUGUCGGUUCUAAAUGUGAAACAUUCCAAAAUCCAUGUGAUUCUUCUCCAUGUUUGAACGAAGGUACAUGUAAUAUUCUAAGUUUCACGAACAAUACAAUAAUGUACUCUUGCACAUGCAAAAAUGGAUAUUUAGGUAGAAAUUGUGAGUUGUACAUUGACGAAUGUACCAUUGAUCCUUGUCAAAAUAAUGGUACAUGUAUGAGUACAGAAAAUGAUUAUUUCUGUGAAUGUAAACAAGGUUUCGAAGGAGAGUUUUGUGAGACUACUGUAGAUCAUUGCAAUCCUUCACCCUGUAUGGAAGGAUCUACUUGCCACAAUGUUAACAACUCUUGGAAAUGUUUCUGCAAACCCGGUUUUCUCGGUCGUUAUUGUAAUUUAUUACCCUGUGAUUGGUUACCAUGCAACAAAAACUCGUAUUGUGUGAACAUUGAAGAAGAAAAUGCAACAACUAUGAGUUACAGAUGUGUGUGUACAGAUGGUUAUACCGGAGAAAAUUGUACUGUAAAGAUAAAUCAUUGCGAAAGCAAUCCGUGUUUGAACAAUGGGAAAUGCACUAAUAAUAUCUCUAAUUACACAUGUACGUGUCCCACGUUAUUCACAGGGCGUCAUUGCGAGACUGUUAACUACGUGUUUAUGGCUACAGUCGAAGGAUAUGUUUAAUUAUGGCACUGUAUUAUCGUAUGCUACACGUUACUACGAUAACGCAUUCACUUUAACAGAUUAUAAUGGACUGGUAAUAUAUCUCAAUGGUGAAAAAGUAAUAACCGAUAUUAAAGUAAAUGAUGGUCAUUGGCACUUCGUUUGUUUCACCUGGGAAGCAGAAAAUGGCUCUUGGAAUAUUUUUAUUGAUGGCCUUUUGAGAGACAACGGUACCCACUUGGCGAAAGGAACUUUCAUUCAAGGAAAUGGAAUUCUAAUAAUUGGACAAGAACAAGAUCGUGUCGGAGGAGGAUUUUCAGAGUUAGAAUCUUUCUUGGGAAAAUUAACAUUAUUAGAUAUUUGGAGUACAAUUUUAGUAGCUGAGGAUAUCAAACACUUGUUCAACACUUGUGAAAAAUACCAUGGUGAUGUAAUUGCAUGGGCACACGUGCAAGAAUAUGUGCACGGUGACGUGAUAGUAUCAAACACUUCAUUUUGCCGUGGUUGUCCGUUACCCGUUGUAUCAUUUAAAGGUAAUGUAAAUGUCAGCGAAGAUGGGUCAAAUAUCACUUAUUAUUGUGACAGUGGUUACGUAGUGCGAUUUCAUGGCAGAGAAUAUCAAUCUUUAACACUGAAAUGUCUUAAACAAGGACAAUGGGAAGGAUAUUACACACCCGUUUGCACUAGAAGAAGAUGCGGAUUUCCAGGAUAUUUUCCGCGAGGUCGUAUACAUGGUAGAUCGUAUUUUUUCGGAGAUGAGAUAUAUUAUUUUUGUUUAAUUAAUUAUGAACUUCGAGGAAAUCCUCGUAGAACCUGUAAUGCUGAUGGAAAAUGGAGCGGAUUACCUCCAGUUUGUAUAGGUAGGACAGCAAAUUGAAUUCAAGUGCGACCCCGGAUUUCAUUUAAAAGGUGAAAAACUUUUAACAUGUUUGGAAUCUGGACAAUGGGAUCAUGAAAUGCCUUCAUGUUUGGCUUAUAAAUGUCUACCACCAAGGGAAAUCAAGCACGGAUAUGUAAUUUCUUCAAAUUCAAAUAAUUUGCACGAAAAUUUCGCUACAAAAGUUGAUUUGCAAACGAUUAAUGACACAUUUAAAAAGGACUAUAAUUUUAAUGAUAUUGUGGGAUAUUCUUGCUAUUCGGGAUAUAAAUUUGAGGGCAAUCAUAGUUUGUUAAAUGAAUUUAAACUUCAAUGUAUGGAAAAUGGUACUUGGAUUGGAUUUGUUCCUGAUUGUGUACCAUUAAAGUGUUCGUGGCCUGACAUUGUGAAUAAUGGGAAAUUAUUGUUUAAAACACAAGACAAUGGUACUAUUGAACUUCUAGAAAUAAAAAAAAAGAAUUGGAAUUUGGAAGACGAAUUUGUCAUUGGUACCGAAAUUGUGAUAAAAUGUGAUAUAGGAUAUAAAUUAGUUGGUAACGGUUUUAGAAUUUGCACAGACGAUGAAGAAUGGUCACCCACGUUAUCGUCUUGCGAACCUUAUGAAUGUCCUUUCUUAAGUCAUCCACUUUUUCAAAUUUUUAAUGACAAAAUAAAUCUAAAUAAUCAUACUGCAAUUUGGAAAAAUGAUCAGAAUAAAAAAUUGAAUGGCAAAGAACCAUAUUAUGGUACUUAUAAGAAUUUAGAGUACUUUAUAGAAGGACAUACUUAUAUGAAAAAGAUAGUUCUUAGUUGCAAUGAUGGAGAAAUUCAAUUGAAUAAUGCAAAUAUUCAAAACUCUGUUCCUAACUUAACUUGGUUUUGUGAUGAAUAUGGUAAAUGGAAAAUAAUUGAUACACAAUUAAACGACACCAUCACAAAACUCUUGUUUGGAAUUGAGAGUAUUUGUCAGAAAUCUAUGUGUGAUUUAGUAACGAUUCCAGAAUAUAGUUACAUUACUGAAACAAAUUAUAAAAGAACUGUUAAUAACACUAUUACAUUCAAAUGUCAUCAAGGCUAUAUUCUUGAAGGCAAUGAAAAAUCUAUCUGCCUUCCAAAUAACACUUGGACUGCUAUUCCUUCUUGUAAACCUGUAACAUGUAAAGAACCACCUAAAAUUGUAAAUGCAGUGUUAAAAGAAAAUAAUAUCAAAGCAGUAAACUAUACAUUUAAUUAUACAAUUACUUAUGAAUGCAUACCUGGAUAUAUAAUGUUUGGUCAAAGAAAUGCAAGAUGUCUUGCAAAUGGAAAAUGGUCCAGAAUUUAUAGUAGAUGUUCAAAACUUUCAUGUAAUAAACCAAAACUUCCAUUUGGCGCAACAAUUCAUGGUCGGUCUUAUUUGUAUCAAGAUCAAUUGACAUACGUGUGUCCUGGUGGUAAAAAGCAAGGAUUGAUUACAUGUAAGGCUGAUGGACAUUGGAGCGAUUUACCGAAUUGUAAUAACAAUUAACAUAACAAUUAAUAUAACUAUGAUUUUACGUAGAAAUUUAAAAUAAAAUAAUAUAGCAAAUUUAUUUGACAAUUUUUU